AUGGCCAGUGUUCUCACUCUCAGAGUCUCAAUUAUUAUCAAAGCUGAGAAUGACAAUUCAAGAGCUCAUGCAAGUUUCUAUGAGACGAGUUACACACUUAGCUUCCAUGGUGUUAAAGUGGCUUAUUUAAAUGCUGACCCUUUUGAUGUCCCUGCAAACAGCUCCAAGUAUAUGUAUUAUCCUGUUGAAUCAUCGUCGAUUCCAUUGACGCCGGAAGAAGGAGAGGUUGCUGAGCUUUUCUUAAGGCGGAAUCAAGUGGUUUUUGAUAUAAGAGGGAAUACAAGAACAAGGUGGAGAGUAGGGUUGCUUGGUUCUGUUAAGUUCUGGUUGCAUCUUAAUUGUCAGCUCAAGUUUCCGCUAAAUGGAACUACAAUUUACCCGAGAUGCAGCACGAAAUCCAAAUGA